AUGGAUUUGAAGGUUGGCUUGCCAGUUCAAAUAGAAGAAUUUCUGAAUGUACAAUUCAAAUGUUUCCAAGGUGCCAAUCAUGUUCUUCAUGAAUUCAAUUUGGCUAAUAUGCCAUUCAUGAACUCUUAUGAUUGGAUCUCGCUGUUUUACAUUGUUGCGAAGAAUGUGAAGAAGUAUGAGACCAUAUAUGAACACUUGAAGCGAAUGAUUAAUUGUUACAUUCUGGAAAUUGCAAAAAUGGAUGUUGAAAUAGCUUCUGUUCUGAAAAAGAGACCAAUUUUGAAGUCCUUUAACCAAUCGGAAAACAUCCAACAUUUAAAAGGAUGUCUUAUUGGUGAAAAGCACUGGAUUAUCAUCUACACAAUGAAGUAG